GUACCGUCAAAGUGGACGGAAGCAAGUUGGUGAGCUCUUUGUGGAACGCUUUUCCAGUUAGUUCAAACGCAUCAGAUAUCAGAAAUUUCCUUGACAACUAGAGCGACGCGGAGUAUUUUUUUCUCCGUCAUUCUCCAAACACCAAACGUUGCGUCUUCGUUACAUACCGUGUGUUAUCGUUCGUGCAGCAGUAUAAAACAAUCAUCAAACUGGCAAAAGUAAUCUUUGACACGACGGCUCAUGAGUAGCAUUCGGUCCAGCGAGAGAGAUCGUAUUACAGUGAAGAUUCAUAACAUGAAACGUAGCGCAUCGCGCGAAUCUCCACCCAGAUCAAAGCGACGCAGUAGUAUUGGACGUUACGACGAUAGUUCCGACGAAAGAGUAACCCCUGAUAGAAUGAGACGACGUGUGGCCCGUUCCCCCAGCCCGCGGGCACGCUAUGCUUCUCCGCACCGAGACGAAUACAGCUCAUCCCGUAGCCGGGCCGAUAUUGGUGGCAGUGGCGUGGAUAGAUACACGUACAAGGUGCUUUGCGUGAGCGCCAUCCAUCCUAAAGCGUCGGAAGAGUUUAUCAAGGAAACGCUGUACCGGGAGUACAAGAAGUUCGGCGAUUUUAGCAUUCGCAUUUCGCACGAUCUGGACGAGCGGUUGGCGUAUGUAUGCUUCCGUACACCGGAGGACGCCCGUGAAGCGAAGCAUGCAAAAUCGCGCAUUAUAUUGCACGAUAAGGUAGCGUUGGUUGAGCCGGUGUAUGAGUCUUCGAAGACGGAAUCAUACCGGCGACCACGCUCGGCUUCACCGUCCGAGUACGAUCGUCAUUACUAUGCACGAUCUCCCGGCGUUCCUCCGCCGGAUCGGCGUCGCCCGCCCGAGCAUCAUCCUUACGAUAGUUAUGGCCCACCACCUGGUGGCCGUAUGCAUCAUCCCGAUUUCAGACCACCUAUGCACCAUGACUACUUGCCCCGUGGGCCCCCAAUGCACCAUCACGGUCCACCUCACAUUCAUCCCGGACCACCACACCAUCACUACAUGCCGCGUCCGUAUAUGCCCCGACCAAGAGCCCCAUUUGAAAAGCCAGAGAACAAGAAGGACAAGUUCCCGAACUAUCUACAUCACAUCCAGCCGGAGGAUGAUCCACUAGCCACGCGCACACUGUUUGCUGGUAAUUUGGAAAUUAACAUUUCAGAUGAUGAACUGCGCCGUAUCUUCGGUAAAUAUGGGUUGGUGGAAGAUAUUGACAUAAAGCGUCCGGCACCCGGAACCGGAAAUGCGUUUGCGUUCGUUCGCUAUCAAACGUUGGAUAUGGCACACCGCGCAAAGGUGGAACUCUCGGGUCAGUACAUUGGCAAGUUCCAGUGUAAGAUCGGUUACGGUAAGGCGACGCCAACCACGCGCAUCUGGGUGGGAGGGCUUGGGGCCUGGACUUCGGUAACACAGCUCGAACGCGAAUUCGACCGAUUUGGAGCAAUUAAGAAGAUUGAGUACGCAAAGGGUGACACCCAGGCGUAUGUUUUGUAUGAUUCAAUCGAUGCAGCUACAGCAGCGGUGAAGGAAAUGCGUGGUUUCGCAUUAGGUGGUCCCGAGCGGCGUAUUCGGAUCGAUUUUGCUGACAAUGGGUCGGCACCACCGUUUCCGAAACGUCCAUUCGAAGAGGGCGGCGGUGAAUAUCGUCGUGUUCCGGAGUACGAGUAUCCGGACGGUGCUCCUCCGUACGAUGAUGUCCCACCGGGCUACGGUGGCAGUGGGUAUGGAGCGCGGUCUUUCCGUGGUCGCGGAAGCGGUGGCGGCAGCGGUGGUUACCGUGGUCGCGGUGGUAGCAGUGGUGGAAGCUUCCGUGGAGGCUUCCAUCACGAAGGUCAUCGACCAGCAGGAGGCGCCGGUGGACCACCGCAUCAUGGUCCGGGUGGUGGAGAGGAAGAAUGGCGCCGCCCGGCAGGUAGUGGCGAAGCAGGGGAAUAUGAACGUCGGCGCUCUGGAUCACGCGAGCCUGGCGGCAUUGAUCGCUCCCGUUCACGAUCACCACGCCGACGCAGUCCGGCCGAUUCCGAUUCAGACUCAUCGUCACGCCGCAAUGGUGUGCUAACAACCGCUAGGACUCUUUCCGAGGUGGCACGAAAGUCGAGUACCGUCUGGCAGGGAGCUCUCAUAUUGAAGAGUUCACUCUUCCCAGCCAAGUUUCAUCUCACCGACGGUGAUGCCGACAUUGUUGAUGGUCUUAUGAAGGACGAGGAUGGUAAACAUCAUCUGCGCAUUACACAGCGCCUGCGUCUCGACCAGCCGAAGCUGGAGGAUGUGCAGAAGCGAAUUUCUACUUCGUCCUCGCAUGCCAUUUUCCUCGGUCUGCCCGGUUCAAGUCCGACUGUGUCGUCCGAUGAUGCUAGCGUUCAAACGCGUCCACUUCGCAAUUUGGUAACAUACCUAAAGCAAAAGGAAGCAGCCGGUGUCAUUUCGCUGUUGAACAAGGAAACUGAAGCCACCGGCGUACUUUACACGUUCCCUCCAUGCGAAUUCUCUACCGAACUCCUAAAACGCACCUGUCACACCCUGACGGAGGAAGGACUUAAGGAGGAUCAUCUAGUGAUCGUAGUGGUGCGAGGCGGGACUGCCUAGGAGCGGGAGGAAAGCGUUGACGAUGAAGAAAUGGAUCAGAAAAAGAAAAAAAUGAAAAAGUUCGCAAGUAAGAGCAGUAAAGUGGAUAAAUUAUCCUCUACCGACUAACGCAAACGUAGAAACAACAGCAAUUUUGUUUAUCCGUUACUGACGAUACUCUGCUGGAGUAUUUAAUGCUACAUUUAAGUAGCUAAGAAGAAGAAGUUGAAGAGUAAGAAGCUUUUAUUCUCCGCCGUUAAGUGCAUCCGUGGAUAAACACCCAACGGAGGAGCUUCACGGAUUAUACUUGAUAAUUAGCUACGCGAUAUGCACGUAGCUAAUAUAAUUUGCUUUUGUCAACGUCUGUAGUACACAACACAUUCAUGUGUAGAAAUUUUAAUUUGCACUAUGCUAUGGAUGCGAAUAACAAAGACACAAAACCUGUAUUAUAAGCUAUAGAAGCAAAUUACCCAACCCGCAUCGUAAGUACAUACAUCUCAUCUCAUGCUACUUCACCAACAUAAAGGACCGGAAAUAGAUGAUGGGCAAGAUGAUUUUCCAUAAGACCCCAGGCAAUCGAAUCCAGCAUAAACAUAAUUUACGACCGUAACAAAUAGAACGAGCAAGUGUUUUUGCAUUGGUUUAUUCUGAAAUCUCUAGUUAUUACAUUGCAUCAACCGGGUGACCAGUGGAAUAGAAGUAUUUGUUGAUGCUAAGGAACUAAAUGAGCGCGCGAAUAUGAAAAAGUGCGCGUAAGCUUCUCAACAUUCGACGUACGUGUACGUGUUUACUUAAAACGUCUUAUCUGUUGCACACUGGUGUAAGUUCGUGCGUGAAUUUGUGCAUGUGUAUAUGAGUGUUUACCUUAAGAAGUGUCGCGGGUGCGAGAGAAUUCAGAGAAGCAGAAGCGCAACUACUGACUGGUGAAUAGUGACGCAUUCAAAUUUUUUAAUCAAUUUUAUAAUACUACAGUAACCUUUACUUUUGUCACAAAGUUUCACAAAUGGUUUUGAAAUUCCUCAAUCCUAACAAUUUACAAAGAUCGAAAAGUGUUGAUCAGUACCUUUCGUUUGAAGUGAUCGUUUGCCUGAUUACAUGCGUUUGCAGUAUGUAGAUUUUCAACUUAUGAUGUAAACUGAUGAGGACUUUCAAACCGAUUGACAACAUUUGAAGAAAAUAAAUCAUAUUGUACAUGGGAGAUUCGUGUUGAAUAUUGCCAUUGAUUUAGAUACUUUAUUUAACGGAACAGCUAUGGAGGAAAAUAUUUUGUUAUUCAUUGUUAAGGAAUACGUCGUACGUAUUAUGAUUUAUAUCAUUUUCCCAACAAAAUUCUGCUGAGAAAACUAUGUUUCUGACAGUUUAUUACAUUUCAUGCUAUAGAUCCUGGCAUUCGGAGCUCUCUUACCAUUGCUUUCAGUUCUGCUUACCAAUGUCGAUAAUGUUUACUGGUCGUACAUUCCAUAUAGCUGCUUCUGGCAUACUGCAUCUGAUCAAUUGCAAUUUAAACAUGAAUUUAACAAUCCUUCCCUUGUUCUAAUAUCUUGAUUAUUCAAAAUUAUGUUUUGCUCUAAUCAGGCUAACAACUAGUUGCAAAAUGAAUAUUUGAAGGUAUAUUACUUUACCUUGAGGUAGCAUGGUUAUAGGUGAAGCAUUACGACGAGGAAAAAAAGUUUAAGUAAAGUUGCAACCGUCAACGUUUAUUUAUGGAUAUCAUCAAUAUUCGCCAGAUUUUGAUGUAAGUCGUUUGAUUGACUGCAGAAGGAUAAAACAUAUUAUGAUUAUAUAAACACAUAUAUAAAGCUUCGUAUGCACGUAACGUGGAAAUUCAUUGCAAUACACAGUCGUAAACAUAAUCAAUGAAAAAUCAAUAAACCUGACAAAAAAUAACAAGUAAACCGAGAUGGUGCAGUGACGGUUAUGAUAAUACAUAGAUUGAAACAACGUGCUACACUAAAGGCAGAGAUCUAAAAUUCUAUUGACUGGGUGGUGUUGUGUGUAAUUGCAUGCCAAGAGAGCGAUACAUAUAGAAAUAAUAAAUAAACAUACAAUUUAAACAACGGUGCGUCGUGCGUUAUGGUGGAAGGCAGAGAGGGCCAAUCUAACUUUCGGAGACGAUCCAUUUGAUGUAGAUGUGAUUUCUACAUCAAUAGUGUUGUUUGUGAUUGAAGUAAGUGCAGUUUUAGCCCUAUGAAUAGAGUGAAACGAACCCCAUUUUCAUCAGAAGAAGAAAGGUUUUUUUUCCAGUAACUACUCCCGGCAUCUCCCGUGUAUGUCGAUUGGGUUAGUAAAGUAAUUUGCCUCAGAUGUAUCUUUUUCCUGUCCUAUACUGAUGAUACUGCUUUAGUGUGAUCGAUAGAUAGAAC